AUGGAAGAUGAGGUCAUCAAUGCCGCAGUGGCUUCGCAGAUCGAGCUCGUCAAGAAGCGAAAAAAGGUUGAUUUUGGCACGAAGGCAGGCUGUGUACCUGCAUAUGUCCAUGCAACAGGGUCCGUGGUUGGCCCCAUGGCCGCCAAUGCUCCGAGUGCUGCCCGGGCCAAAGCCCCCAAGCUUGGCAACACUGUCUGCGUCAAGAUGGCGCACGGUGCCCACUGGCCCGAGAAUGUGAGUGCCCGCUUCCGCUUGACCAUGGACUUUGCGUCGGCCGACGUUUUAAUGGUCGCCAACAUAUCCGAAGGGCUUUACUUGCCGGAGGCACUGGAAGCCAGACUGAGAGGAGUCCGAGUUUGCGACCGAGAUUUCAUUCAGACCGCAAUGCAGAAGGGCAAUUGUUACGCCUUCCAACGAGCCUUGGACCUGCACUUUCACUUGUAUCUGACCGAGGGUUUUGCCAACAAAUAUCCGGCACACUCGGAUGUGUUGUUCGCGCAUGGGGCCUUGAAUGGCUGUAAGCUUCGAGUUUACAAGGGAGGGAUGCCUGAGAAACCUCGGCAUCCGAAAUUGACUUUUAAUUUGUGUCCGAGCCCGAGCCUGAGCUCGGACAGCGAUUCUGCUGAGAGCGGCAAGUCCUGGAAUCUGGACAAGCUCCUCAUGAAGCUUGGGGUUCUUUACGACCAGGGGUGA